AGAGGCAGUAGAAGUUAGACAGGUAGAGGUGUAGAGUAUGAGGAGGGAGAGGGAAGGGUUAAAGGCAUUAUUGCAGCCAUUAGAAGGAAAAGUUGUGGCAAUACAAGCACAGUAGACUUCUCUUCCCCCCCCCCCGCCCCCCUCCUUUUCUCUCCCCUACUCCUCUCUUCCCAAGCUGGAUCAGUGUGUAGGGAGGGCAGUCAUCACGCCAUCCUGAGCAGCAAGAGCUGACGUUGGACGAAGCUGCCAGGUAGCUGAAAAAAGGCACAGAAGGCAGCUGAUACCCACUUUUCAACGGUUUGUGUUUUUUUUUAGUCUGUAUCUGGACUUCAAGCAACACAGCGCCUGAGACAGCUCAUCUGAACCACGCUGUAUUGCAAUACUCGCUCUUCUCAAAGAAAAAGACUCCACUGAGCAGCAGAAUGCUGCCAGUGUCGCAGCCAGGUCUACAAUACAGAGCCUUUUUGUAACAUUGCACAUUUCUUUCUGUUCAGAUAUUUGAAAUACAUAUAUACACUUAUAUAUCAGUUCUUUCUUUUCUAAGGACACCUUUGGCUUUCUUUUUUUUUUUCCCUGAUGUGACUUCUUCAUCUUGGAAUGAUGGGGAUCUUUCUAGCUUAUAUUGGAUUCAUUUUCUUUUCAGUUAUGUAUAUUGAACAAGGACUUUCUACCCAAGCAAAAUUCACAGAGUUUCCCCGAAAUGUCACGGCCACUGAAGGGCAGAAUGUGGAGAUGUCUUGUGCUUUCCAAAGUGGCUCUACUUCGGUGUACCUUGAAAUCCAGUGGUGGUUUCUGCGGGCAGCUGAGGACCCAGAGGUUGGAGCUGAGGUGACAGGCACUCAGACAGUGAAAGUACAAGGGAACGACAUCUCCCACAAGCUGCAGAUUUCAAAAGUGAGGAAAAAGGAUGAAGGCUUGUAUGAGUGCAGGGUGACCGAUGCCAACUAUGGAGACCUUCAGGAAUACAAGGCCCAGGCGUUUCUCAAAGUCAAUGCUAACAGCCACUCUCGGCGAAUGCAAGCCUUUGAGGCAUCCCCAAUGUGGUUGCAAGACAUGAAACCUCGUAAAAACAUCUCAGCAGCUGUCCCAAGUAGCAUCCACAAUUCCGCCAAUCAGCGUGUACGUGCCACCUCCAGCCCCGAAGCAGCAGCCAAAAUCCCCAAACAAAGUCCACAAUCAGGUGCGAGGAUAGCUACAAGCCAUGGACUUUCUGUCCUGCUUCUUGUUUGUGGCUUUGUGAAGGGUGCUUUGCUUUAAUCUAAAAGUGCUGACUUUUUCCAAUAUCACUUUCUCUUCUUAAAGCAAAGAGCAAAUCGCCUGUAAAAUCCACGGAGCGGACAGCAAAGUUGACCCUAACCUCCAACCACCACUCUGCACCCAAUGUACUCUAAAUCUCUACACAAGGAGCACCUUCUUCAGGAAGUACAAACAAAAUUACUAAAUAAAUAAAAUAAAAUAAAUAUUAUAAAAAAGAAGAGGAUACCACAUGUUUUCUUGAUAUAUCUUAUUUUCUUUGGCUUAUCACUGAUAUUUUCUUUGAAGAGAACUGGUGUGAUGUAAUCAAACGUUUUGUAACAGCAAGACCUAGUUUCCUUUUCUUUCGGCAAGGAGAAGCCUCAUCCUUGACUUCUCAGGGGUUGGCCUGCGAGUCCUCAGUAUUACAGAAUUAACCAUGGAUGACAUUUGGUUUCCUACGCUGAAAGAACGGUUCCAGCCUGGAAGCAAAAAGAGGCCAAAUAAUGAAACAAACUAUAGUGAUUGAACAUAAAUAGAAUACACACAAACUUUAUCAAAAAGUCUUUUUUUCCUUUUCUUUUUUUUCUUUUUUUUCUUUUUUUUUUUUUUUUGCAUGAGGAGUAGGAAUAUUCUACUAAGCAUGCUGCUCAGCAGAUGAGGGGAUGUUGUUUCUGAAAAACCUAUGAGGAUAUUUUUCUUUUGAGUUUUUUUCCUUUUUGUUUUCCAGUAUAUUAUUCUUUCCCCCCUUUGAGGUUUUUUUCCUGUCUUUCUGUUUGUUUCUUGUUCAGUGAUGGCAAGUAACUUAGGCCAACCCCUGAUGACUACGUGGAGGUUUAUAUAUAUACAUCCCUUUUUUUGUGUGUGUGCGUUCUAUAUUUCAGUGUGUUUUCUCUAAUUUUGCAACUCCUGUAUAUGCAAAACCAACUUAAAUUCUGUAAAUUGCUUACAGUCUGUGUGAUAUAACUUCAGAGUAGACAUACUUUGGUCCUCAUGCAAGCCAGUUUUUAGUAUUAUCUAUAUGUCGUGCCACCAAGAAACAUCUUUAUUUCCUUUUUUUACAAAACACCACUUUUUAGUUUUUAAUUCAGUAAUGUGUGGAUUUUGUAAUGCAUAUCUUCACUUUGACUGGUUUGACUCCCUUCAGCCCUUGUUUACUCUGUAAAUGCACAUUAAAAUUUGUUACGGUCUCUAGACAAUGAAUUAUUUUAGUUUGUAUGUUGUGUUGAAGUUCAGAUGCUGAAAGCUCUUUGAACUUGUGAUGUUUAUAGAAGAUGAAGUGAUUCAAUCACUAGAGACUGUAAAAUGCAGGUUUGCAGUCAAAUACUGCACAUAAAGGAAGGUUAGAAACAGAAAACAGACAAAUAAACCAGAACAUGUCUUUAAGGAUGUUCCUUUGGUAAAGAGUUUUAGGAAAGUGAAUUUCUUACACUGAUAAAAUAUAUUUGCAUCACAGCUCCUUCUACAUGGCCAAAGAAGUGUCUUUCUUUGCUUUUUCUGAAAGUGGAUUGUCAUUACUCAUUGAUAUUCUUAAUUAAAAUACUUUUUGUCUGUGAACUGAAUGUGAGAAUUUUGCUGUUGAAUGAUGUAAUAUGUGUUACAUGAAUUACAUUCAUUAAUGCAGGAAGCAAAAAUUGCUACCAUUUGCAGCUGCAAUCAGGAAGGUUUUUUGCUUUUUCCCAUCUUUCCACUGAUGCUGAAAAAUUCACACCCUUUCAUUUAUCAGCACAGACAAUCACAUACACCACAUGCUUAUUAUGAUCUAUUUAUGGCAGCAUUAAGUAGCUGCAGUGUGGUCAGCUGUGUGAUUUCUCCUCACUUUGUAAGUACUGCAGAAGAAAUUUUAAAAGUAUGUUUAUAAUCUCACCAGUCUGUGGUCUACAGGCCUAACAUUUUAUUUCAAAAUGCUUGUAAGUCUGAUGUCUUCCCCCAAUACUUUCAAAGGAUAAAGAGCAAAUAAAGGCAUAGAAUCAACAUUUUGUUAACCCAGUACUUCAGAACAGGAUAACAUAUUUGUGCAGAUCUAAUUUUCCAUAAAUUCUGUAGCAUAGGCUUAACUGGGAGUAGUCAGUCUUCAGUUUUAGACAAGUCUUAGCAGUAAUAAAGAGAGCAGAAGUUCAGCAUAAUACAAGCAAAUCAGGUGUAACCAUCAGUAGAAAUAAAAUUUCUUUUAUUUCAACAUAAAAUUUAUGACCCACUUAGAAUGUUGUAUAUUAAAAAAGUUUUUCUCCAUAGUUGUAACAGUUUAUUAGGCUACUGAAAAGAAAUGAAAAACUGCCCCCCUUAAAAUGUUCCAAAUCAAAGUGAAUAUUGUGGAUCAGAGAGGACACAAAGAGGAAAGAAAAAGUCAAGGGUCAGAGCUUUUUAAAGUCUUGCUUUCUGAACACACUUGUGGAACCAAACUUUCCACAAGUUCUGGAGAAAAAUCUCAGUUUUUCUUUCUGAAAUGGAUAUCUGUGACUGGAUUAUGUGAGAAUCUCUUGCUUGGAGCUUGGAAACUUCAGUUUCCAUUGGUCUUAACUGGAACCAAAUGCUUAAUGUCACAUUACUGUAUUGCUUACUGUAUCCAUAUAUCUUGUAUGAAUAUUCCAUGUAUGCACAUAGAGACUACCCAUCAUGGCGUAUGGAAUUUGACAGCACAGUUUAACCUCACAUUGCUUAAGUUGUUACUAUGUUGAACUGAUAUGUGUUUUGCUUUAUGCUGUUAGCUGCUUGGAUAUAAAUCACCAUGUACUAGGAAUUCAGAUUAAAGAACAAGCUGAAAUUAAAAGCAGAAUUCUAGAUCACGUGGAUUAGUGUGAUGCAAGCCCAAACACAAUGCCAUGUCAGGAUCUGCUAUUGUACAACUGUGUUAGCAAAAAAAAAUGGACAAAAGAAAUCUGUAGGACUCUUGAAAAGCCUUUCAGAUUUCCAUGAGAUGCUAAUGGGACACAGAAAUUGUCCUCCUUUCCCUCUUGAAACAACAUACCCAAAUUCUUUAGAUGAGGCUGAUUGGGCCCUUCUGGUUGCAGAUCUAGAGCACAGCUUUAGUUUUGGCUAAUCUGUGUGGAAGCAGCAGCAACAAGAGCAUGUAUUACAUUUUUAAAUUUUAAACUGUGUCUCAACAGCUAUUCUUCAAAUUAAGAAUCCACCUGGAUCUCCUAGAAUUUCUCAAAAUGGAAGUUAAGAUACAGUAGACACCCUUGGUUCUAAGAAUUCUGUUAUGAAUAAUAUUUGGCAUAGGAAUGAAACUACUACCCUUUUCUGCCAGGUGCAGUUCUUGUUUGGACAUAACAAAAAUAGAUUUUAAAAAAGGAGCUUAAUUAAAUCCUGAAAAGCUCCUUGUUGAGUGGGGUAUCUAGAAAGGCAAUUUGUAUCUAGCAGUCAUAACAUCUCUCAGCUCAAUGUCCUUAGCCCUUUUACAAAAUGAGCCCAGUUUUGAGGUGGUCUUUUACAUGACUCAUGCUUCUCAAUUUGUGUCCCCAAAGCCUCGUUGCAUAUGGUGACAUUCUUCAGGUCUUUCCGACAGGUUUUGCUUUUCAUAGAAGAAUAAACAUGGGUGAGUAUGAAAUGCUUUUGUAUUCAAGGUAUAUAUACCACCUACACUCACACACUUUGAGAUCUGAUGUAUCAUCAGGCUGAAUAAAAACAUAUUCCAGCCCCAUGAGGUGUCAGUGACAGCCUUUGUAUUACAUGGAAAAAGUAUCCAUGGCAUUUUGGUACUGCUACCAGGGAUUAAUACUGCAACAGAGCCUGUCUCAAAAAUUCUACUUUCCAAUGGUUACUAAUAAUUCUUUUAAGCUCUGGAACCUCAUGCAUAGAGGUUGCUGCAUAAAAUAUUUAAAUCUUUCUUAAUUGUAUUUGGUAAACUUUGCAAAGAAAUUUGUGGAGCAUGAGAAAGGUCAGACCAUGGAUUUAAAAAAUCUUAGCAGACUAAUUUAAGAUUGACAGUUCCUCAGAACUUCUAUUAAGAAAGGUACUAGAAAAUUUGAAUGGUAAACAUGGAAUCUAUUAAAAGUAAUUUUUAUUUCUUUUUCAUUCUCAAUAUUAAAUAUUUACAUUUCAGCACUACCUGAAGGCAAAGAUCAGAAGUAGGUAUAAACAUGGGACACCAUGGCAAAAAUGAUGGGACUCUUUGGAAGUUCCUACUUUUUCAUCUAAUUCAGUGCUACUGUGAUUCAAGACCAGAACACAUGCUAAAACCAGGUUUUUUCACAUUCAUUCUUUGAAGUACUUUCUCUUCGUUCAAAUAAAGUGAGGAAGUAUUGGCCAGUGCAAGAAAUCUGAAUGCUUGCCUGAUAUUUUUUAACUUCUGAUGAUCUUUCAUUUCUAAUGAUCUUAAUGUCUUAUGAUCCUAAGUGAUGUCAUCAUUUAAAUCGUUAUUUUAAAAAACCCAACAAUAUUCCCCCUCCCCCCAAAAAAUCAAAACCAACACAAGUAACGAGCCUAAAUUCCUUCCUAAGAAAAAAAAAAUUCAAACCUUUGUCAUUUGCAGGAUAUGGGAACAUUUUUCCACGACAUUACUGUUGGUAAAUGUCAAACGUUGUUUAUAGAACUAAAAGCAUUAGGAACCAAGAUUGGGAUCAUCAUACUUUGUAAUACAAAUUUUUAAAGGUUAAUCUUACAUGAUUAGCUCAGCUAAACAAUGCUAAGCACAUAGUAAAUUGAAUUAAUGCAACUCACUAUAAAUGCCUUCAAUCUUUUGUUCUGAGCUUCCUAAAUAUUGGUUUAUUUCAUUUCACAGUCAUAAAGUUUGCACAUACAUUGACAUAGCUGAAAGAUUUUACACAGUUUUUUCUACUGUUAUUCAUGCAAAGAAAUGUAUGAAGAAAGUUAAAAUUGUCUGUAACAAUGAAUUACAAUCAACUGGAGAAGAUACUUGCAAAGAAACAAAUGUGUGCUUUCUCGAGAGUCAAAUUUAAUUGCAAUGCAUUAUUUGAAUUCUCCUUUUUGUGCUAUUUUUUUUUGCCAACAUUUCAAUCAACUUCUAAAACAAUACUAUAUAUCUUAUUACUUCUUACAAGGUGACAGGACAAAAUAAUGUCACUUUGUUAUGAAAAAUCUAGGAGGAAAAACAAAUUUUUGCAUUCAACAGCAUUUUAAACUCUCACUGUUUACAGUGUCCUAUCACCUCAAAAUAUCUUGAGACAUAUAUUUAUAUAUAUAUAGAGAGAAAGAGAGAUAGAUAGAUAUAGAUAGAUAUAGAUAUAGAUGAUAUAUAUAAUUUGAUUUCCAACUCUAUCAUGCUGAUAGUUGAGAUGGCCUUCAGGUGGGAGCAAAUGAAUUUUUCAAUUAUUGAAAUGCUCCUUUACAUUGAUGUUACAGCACAGAAAGAGGUCUUAUGUGUAUGUGAGACUAUUUACUGAGUGACAGCUCAUAAAGAGGCCAAAAUAUACAUAAUAGAUUAUUAAUUCCUUUCUUGUUUUUAUAUGCCAUGAACUUGAAAAACAAGAGAGCAGAUUGCAUCUGAAAACUAGCUGCCUAAAAUAAACUAUUUCAUUCAAAUCUUUGAAGAAACAAAUUCCUUAUUAAAAUGACUUGUAUAACUAUAACCUUUUGAAAUAUAUGGGGCUUAGAUUUUUAAGAAAAAUUAUAUAUAUUAUAUAUAAUAUCUUUGUAUAUAAAAUUGGGAAGGAAGGAGAUAAUAACUUUUGCUGCUUCUGAUAGAAGAUUAUGUUUAUUGCUGCUGAUUGUCUUCAAUACCAAAUUAUUUAAAAGACCCUUUAAAUUACUGGCAACCAUACUUUGGAAAAAAAAGAUUCCAAUUUUUCUGAUUAUCUACAAUACACUUUAGUUUCUGCAUAUUAACCAGCACUUGCUCACAUUUUAAAAAUGUUGUUUUUUCAUCCUAAUAGAAAAGAAGUAAUCCAUAUUUUAUUAAAAAUAAAUGUCAACAUGUUUAUGAAACCACCUUAAUGUCUUUUUCUUUGGUGAUUCAUGCACAAGAUAUGUUUUGUUCAUAUAUUUAAUCUGCUCAAUGGGGCUAAGCAUUGAAAAAAGACAGAAGAAAGUUGUUCCUAGUUGUUCCACCUCCAAACUGAAAUGCUGUGCAAGAGGGAAAACUGAGGUAUGACUCUUUCUGUUUCCCUACAACAGCCAACCAGAAAGAACCUUCACAGGGUCUAACAAAACAAAUCACUGCUAUAAAAGUAACAGUUGUAGUUCACCUUUUAACAACGUGAAAAAUAAUCAAAUUGAGUGCAAUUUCUUCAGCAAAAUGCAAAGCAUUUUCUUCCAAAAUUAUUACUCUCCCCACUGAUAUGAAAGAAGGUCUUGCAGUUAGGGCUUUGAACAGGCAAAGUAUUUGUCCACCUCUUGCAACUGCACAAUGGCAACCCCAGAGAGACUCAGCUGUCUCCCUUUCACCAUCUCUGUCCUACAUAAGAUUAUUAAUCAUGAAGGUACUCAGAAGAUGAAUAUAUAUUGCAGAAUAAUAACUUUCUAUACUUACACCUUUUUUAAAAUGUUUUAACAGAAAAAAUCUUUUUGUCUCAGUUAACUUUAUUUUUAAAAAGCAAGGCAAUGUUUAUAUAAUUCAUAAGCAUUGUAGAUAGUUUGUUGGAGUUUUAUUAUUGAAUAGUUCCCAGCAUUCAAGAUAACAGAACAGGCUUUAAAAGUCUCACAGCAGUAUUCUAAAGCUGUUUAUGUGUCAGAACUACCUGCAUUAAUGAAAAAAAAAAAAAAACGAAAACAAAACCAGAAAAAAACCAAAAAUCACAAACAAAAAUCUUCCUCGUCUGUAGCUGCUAGGUCACCAGAAAAGCUCUUGGAGUGAUUCCAGUGAUAGUGAUCUAAAGUUUACCUUUAACCUUUCCAGUAUACUUCCUGGACGUAGAAGGGGAGUAAAUUUUGAAAGAACUUAUGAUGCCUGUUCAGCAGCAGAAAUAAUGAAUGCAAUGCUGCUGUCAUUCUGUUGUGAAUCACAGGACCUACUGAGUUUACAUAUGAGCACUGUGCACAAGGGCAGAAUACCUGGCCUUGUCUGGAUUCUAGAAAUCUUAAUGCCUGGAGCUGCUAGAUACAGGCUACUGCCGCCUCUGGACAGAAUUUUUGUAACUAGAAAAUCUGUUUCCUUACUAAAGCUCCAAACCCAGAGUACAAAUAAAAUAUAGCAUAUUGAAAAAUAAUGAAUAUUUAGUGGAAUUCCUCAUGAGUCUCUCUUACUCUCUGUGUUUGUGAUUGACACUUCUAGUGUAGAAGUCCAACAAAACUGAUCUCCUCAACAAUAACCUCCACACAUGGACUUGGAGAAUACUAUUUGAUCCGAAGUUUAUAUCCCAACUUUAUUUCUUGCAAUUUUGAAAAGGAUGUCAACACUGAAAUGGAAUAUAGGCAAAUAGAAACUAGCCAAACAACACUCUGUGCCAAAAUCCUCAGUCAAAAAAAAUUAAAUAUGAUUUGUCAAGUAUAUCUAAUAUGGAACUAGACUCUUUUAUUAGGCACUUUAAAGAAUCAUUGAUUUGUAGUCAGGAAAUUUAAGGAGAAAUCUGGGAAUUAUGCUCUAUUAUGCAUUUUGUUUCAGAAAAAUAGCAAAUUUAGAGCUCAAAUUAAAUGCUAUUUAUUACAGUUAUCUAUAGAGGUAAAAAAUAUAGAUGUUUAAGACAUUUGUCAUGAAAAUGUGCAUAGGAGACGCAGAAUUGUAGAGACAGAUCUGCUAAUGGUAACAUAGAUCGUUUUCUCAGCAGAUGGAUGAAGCAGAUGGAAGACCUGUGUUUUCUUCACACUUUUCCUACUGAUCUGAAGUUGUCAGCAAUAAUGUCAAUUCUGUUCUGGAAAUAUGUAUGCAGUGCUUUUUUUUUCAUAUUAGCUUCGUUUUUUACAGCAGACUAGGCUUUUGGUAGUUUGUGGAUAUAUAGAGCACGGAAAAAAGACAGGGCAUUUAUAUAGAAGUAUGUGGGCCUUCAAGUAUAUUCACCAGACAAAUACAAUCAGAUUUUCCUUAGGAAAAGAAAGACAAAAUAUUGUACUGUAAGAUGAAUUUUUUUAUAUAAAAUUAAUACUUGAGACACUGUUCAGAAAGAUUUGCCCUUACAUAUGUCAAAAAAAAGGAGGAUCUACAUGAAAAAUUCCUGUUGCAAAAUUCUAAAAUGUUUUAUUUGUCCCCAUUUUCUUGUGGAUAGCUCUAUUGUAUUCUGUAUUCUGUUUCAACAAUUUAGGAUAAUAAGUUGCACAACCUAGCUGAAGUGGAUGAGAAACAUUGUACAAUCUGUUCCACCAGGUCAUCUCUGAAGGCUCAGACUGCCCAGCUGUAAAAUAGUAACAAGCAAGUGGCGUGGCAGAAAUGUUUCAAAACAAUCAUAGCUGUCAGGGGGAGGUUUCAGAAGAACACACCUUCAGGAGGGUGACACAAGAUCUGCUAAUGAACCGGCAUACAAAGUUCCUAACAUUGGAAUAAUUUGUUUCUGUACUAACUGUAGAUAUUCCAGAGAAAGGCAAAUGUGCUCAAUGUGUCAGAAUCAAUGAAAACACCAUUGUAGUAGUUAAUGGGCAAACAAGCAGAAAAUAUGUUAUGACAUAUAUGAAACAAGCUACGUAAUAAACUCUGCAAGUAAUAAAAUGACAUGACAUAUGUUUGUGUUAUAGGCUGCUGAAGAAAACUACCUGCAGGUUUAAACUCAUUAUUCCUGACAACCCUGAUACCAGAAUGUGGCAGUGAGAUAAAGAUCUAACUCAAAAUGAAGCUGUGAUGGCUGAAAGCACUGUAUCCCAAGAGCUAACUAUAUGAGUACUAAAGAUAAAUAGUAAAAUUCUAAGUGAAACUGGACACUUAAUAAUAAAACCUACAGAUCUAGCAGAAGAGUUUUUUAAAGGUUUGUGGUUGUGUAGCAAGCAGGACUGAGGAACAUUUCAGCCCCUGUACUUGGCACUGGUGAAGCCACAUCUCAAAUCCCUGUUCAGUUUUGGGCCCCUCACUACAAGAAGGAUGCUGAGGUGCUGGAACAUGUCCAGGGAAGGGCAACAAAGCUGGAGAAGGGUCUGGAGCAGAAGUCUGAUGAAUCUGAUGAGGAGCAGUUGAAGGAAUGGGGGUUGUUCAGCUUGGAGAAAAGGAGGCUUAGGAAGAACCAGAUUGCUCUCUACAAGAACCUGAAAGGAGCCUGCAGUAAUGUGGGGGGGGCAGCCUCUUCUACUAAGUAACAAGCAACAAGAAAAAAGGAAAUUACCUCAAAUUGUGCUGGAAGAGGUUUAGUUUGGAUAAUAGGAAAAUUUAUCUCACCAAAAGAGUUGUCAAACUCUGGAACAGAAAAAUGAUUGUCACCAUCCUUAGAGGUAUUUAAAAGACAUUUAGAUUUCUCUUUUAAGGAUGUGAUUUAGUAGGAGAUUUGACUUGUUAGGUUAAUGGCUGGACUCGAUGGUCUUACAGAUACUUUCAAAACUAAAUUAAUCUAUGACUCUGUGUAUAUAAAUCUUCCUGUUUAAAAGAUAAACAUAACAAACACCUACUGCUUAGUGGGGAAUGAAAUAACCCUUCGACAUAUAAUUCCUUGUGCAAAUUAUUCCAGGAGAAUAGUUCUGCUUAUCUCUUUGAAACAUAUAGAUACUAAAUACUAAAUACUAAAUACUAAAUACUAAAUACUAAAUACUGAAUAAGGUGGACGUCAUUACAUUCUGCAAAAAUGGACAAAGCAGAGAUUGCAGAGACUUUUCUGACUGGGAACACAGGAAGGACCGUGGCAAUUGAUAAGACUGUAAUGCUACACUAUGCCUUUUUAAACUCCUCUUCUAACAAAGUCCUGUUUCAAAAUUUUCAAUAUUUUUUUGCACUAUAAUUCUGAUUUCCUUGGAAUAGAAUGGUGAAGACAAUAUGCUUUUUUAUAGUCUUCUCUGUAGAAAAAGAUUAAAAUAUUCAAAAGGAAGACACUGGUGGUUUAUGAUGAGUUUACUGACAGCAGUUCUUAGUAGGAAGAAAGGUAGAUUGGUAGUUGACUCAAUAUAUUACAAGUAAAGCAUUAGUAGUAUCCUUUAAGGCAGAAUAACUGAGACCCUUAUUUUAAAAUUCAUAAGAUUUGGUAAUGAAGUUGAUUAACAAUAUUAUUUUGCCCUGGUUGGAAGUACAGGCAAAGAAUUAUCACAUGCCAAGAAAAACUAUCAACUUAGCCUAAGAUAUUAGGUCAUUCUGCUGGCUGCCUAGAAUCCCAUUUAGAAGAAACAUACCUUGUAUUGAUUUUUAAACUGGCUUCUAUCCCCAUUAACCAGCAUGUAUUUUGGGAGAGUCUAGCCUUAAUCCUAAUGCAAUUGCAGCAAUCUUUCUAUUGAUUCAUUUGAGCAAGAGUGAAUGGGACGUGUAUGAAAAUGAAGGAAUGUAAAAUUAAUACAUAAAGGUUAAACACAUGUAGAUUGGCAUAAAAUUUACCAUCACUACUGGUUCAUGUCUUUCUGGCAGGAUCUACCAUAGAAACAUAAUUUUGCCUUUUCCUCUUCUACCCUUGUAAUUUUCUGGUUUCUUCUCAUGCAUCUAUUGUAAAGGGAAGUAUAAAUAAGAUGUGCUCAAUUAUUAAUCAUGUAUCAUUCAAGCCUGAAGCAAGCAGUGUCAGAAAUAAAAAUGCAGAAAAGACUUAAAAUUAUAUCCCACUUCAGGAAUCUUACCUAAAAAUAGCUGGUUCCUAUAUGAGCCACAUCCUGAUGAUUUUUAUUGCAGAAGUACCAGGCUGGAAUUCUAAGUAUGUACAUACUGUAAGACAUAUUUGCUUAAAAAAAAAAAAAAAAAAAGUCAAGCUAUUUCAAUCCAAACUCAGGUACUUUUCUCUGCUGUAGUGGUGCAAAGAACCUAACAGGAGCAGAGAAAAUGAAAAGUAAGGAAUGGCUGGAGGAAGCUGCUUAUGUAUUGACCAUAACUCUCACAUACACACAUGCACUGCCCCAGCCUUGCAUGGUGCAUUGCCUCACUGUAGGGAAUGAGUGUAAUCAUGGCAAUAAUAAGGAGGAAUUUGGAGUGAAGCUGGGCGUGGAAAAAAGGGGAGGAAAGUUGUUUUCUCAAAGUAUGCAAAUGUUUAUUGUCCUUUUCCUUCCAAUACCCAAAUAAGUAAUUCCGUGUUUAUUUUCAUUGACAAUAAAUUUAUUCAUCUCAAUUAAAGUCUGUUUUGCUGACAAUGAUGAUUAGUAAGUGGUCUUCCUGACUUCAUAUUGAUCCAAAAUGUUUCUCAUUCCUGUUUUUUCUUGUCUUCCCCUGUCCUGCUGAGGAGGGGGAUGGAGGGAGUAGCUGGAUGUGAGAUUGCCUACCAGCUAGGACCAACAUAUCAUACCUUUCCCUUUUAUGGAAAAGAAGAAUGGAAAAAGAGAAGUAAAAAAAUUUAAGUCUUCUCACAUAUUCUUAGUUGCAGAUUGCAUGGGAUGAUGUGUCUGGUUUUUCUUUAAUUUCAACAAAACCUUACUGGUUGUUUCUAAUCUUCUGGAGUGGAUUGUUGGAUCUCAGAGGCUAGCGACCCAAAGGCAAGUAUAAGACACUUCAUAAGCUCUCUCUCCCUGCCUGAUUCAUUCCAGGAAAAUGUAGGAAUUCUUUAAACAGUUCUGGAAUUUGCAUGCAGAUGCAAUCUCAGACUGAGCUAAUUCUCAUUCUGUCAGCAACAAAAUGGGCAACUCCCUCCUUUAUCAGGGUCAGAGGUUUAGAGCACUCAGCUCUAGACCACACUAAGUGAAGAUGUCUCGGGUUCUGGGUCCUUGUUUCCUUACAUUCAGCUACAACAGCUUGGGGGCGGGGGGGAAGAUUUUUUUAUCCUCCUACAAAAUCUCUAUAAUUUGCUCAAGAGAGUUGCUGGUGUCAAAAUAUACAAGGCUAAAUAUCAGAAGGUGUAGAAUGAAGGUUAGUUAACAAACUGGUCAUCUGUGAAACUCAACCUUUAUAAGGAAUCAUCACAGAAGCAAACUAGCAAUUUUUCUCUAGAUGUCCUUGCCAUGUACUUGCCAUGGGUGACUACCUCAAACAAGUAAUUUUUUUUCCAUGAUCACUGCCUGCUGGUAAAUAUGAUGGCUCUUUCAGCUUCCUUCUCUGCAUUGCUUUCCUCCUGGGUGAUUUGUUGCUGGAUCCUCUGAAUGCUUAUUUAUUCAUGCAUUUAUUUUUCAUUGCAGUUCUUUAUGUCUCUUGUAGGAAGGAAGACAAGGAAAAGGGAAGAAGAAGAUUUGAUGUGUCUCUUGACUAGAAAUAUUUUUCCCCAGAUGGAAAUGAGUAAGAUUCUUUGCAUGGGUAGCUGGGGAAAGCAGUCAGUGCGAGGCCAGAGAGAAAAAUUAAGACUAUUUUUCUUUAGAAUACCGUCUUUUAAAAAUGAGAAAGUAGCAGUAUCAAAGAAACCUCUCAAGGACUAAGAUUUGGUGAGCAGGGAACUCCAAAACCAGAUAGAGGCUGGAGCUUUUUAUUAAUGAGGGCACCUUGUCAUAAAAAUCAUACCUGCAUUAGAUUCAUGAGACGAGGAAAGAUAUGAGAAAGAAGAAUUAUGUUUCUAGUCUUAAAAAUAAUAGUCACUAAAGCCCAAAAUAUCACUAGUCAAAAAUGGGCAUUCAGAAUAAAUAGGAAAUUGAAUAUAUUUAGAAUUGGGUCUUAAAACACGUAUUCUCAUGUCUUUGAAUGACUACUUGUAGUACCGUUUUCUCUCAGCUAGCUAAGGGACUUCAGUAGUGAUAAAAGUUUUUAGCUGGUAGGAGGUUUUUCGGUGUCAAAUUUUUCUCUUAGAAUUUUUUCUAAAGCUGAUUUUGUAGUGAGAAAUGAAAGGUUUUGAAAAUUGCCUCCCAUAAUGCUUUAACAGGAGGUUCAACUUUUCUUCAGAGUCAUUCUGAGCAGUGAUAAUGAUGGUCUUAAAUAGCAUAGAGGGAAAUCAUUAAAGAUUUCUGAUCACUUAAUCAGCCUCAGACCAACAAGGGUAAAAAUGUAUGAAAAGAAAAGUUGAGACUGUGUGAAACAGGGAAAAAAAAGAUGGUCUGCAGUAAAGAGAUAAAAAGAAGAAAAUAGAGAAAGUUUUGAUAACAACAGACCUAUUACAAAUGGUUUAGAAGAGCACAAAUUGUAAGCACAAAAUAUUCCAGUUUAUCUGAUGAGCAAUUUGAAUAGCUCAACAAUCAACUGCCUCUGUUCUGUGGCACUGGUUAAGCUAUGUAACACCAAAGGAAAAGAGAGAUAAAGAGAAAGCAUUCUUCAUCACUUGCUCAAUUCUGCAUGGUAAAGGAACAGAAAUUAUCACAUAAAACUCUGCAUGCAACUAAUAAAAUCAACAGAAGUAUAUUGAUCCAGCUAAAUCUUUGUGAAUGUAUCACAUCUCUCUAUUAUUUUAUUUGGUGAGUGCUAAAUUGGUAAUCACUCAAUACAAUUAAUUAUAUUUUUAAGUUUUCCUAUGCAUUUGAAAACUUCAGCACUUUAUCGAUAUUUUAAUUUCAUUAGAAAAUGUCUCAGUGAUUUUUGUAUACUGACCUGUGAAGUGACUUGUCACUUUUUCUUGUGGAAAAGAAAAAAUAUCAAAGGAGAAAUUAUAGAGGAUAAUAAAACUACAAGUGGCAUAUAGUAAGAUGGACAGAAAUAGUUCAUUUUCUUUUCCAGUGCAAGAAAGAGGAGGUGUCAAAUUGAGCCAGUUGGAAUACAUUUCAGGACAGAAAAGAGUAGGUGCAAGAGACCUUGUAAAAAAUAAUGUGGAUCCAAGAAGUCCAUGUAGGUUGGUUGAUUGGGAGACUGAAAAGGUUUAUGGAAGAGAAAUUCAUAGUGGGUAGCAAAUUAAUAGGACCACAUAGACUCGGGAGAUUUUCAAUGUGAAAAUAGCUGGAGCGUGAAAUUAGCAUUACACAGAAGUGUCAUUUUAUAACCUUGUCCUGCUCUUCCUUUUUCAAGCCAUUCACUUGUGGAUGUCGAGGGAUGCAGAACACAACUCAGCCUUUGGCUUGAGCCACUACAGCUGUUAAAAGUGUGUUAGGUUCUAUAACUGCUGUCACUGAUGUCUCCAGGUGAAACCAUAAAUGUGCCUUCAAAUUUAUUUGACUCCAUGAACAUAAUUUAGUCUAAAUAACUAAUCUAAGAAUUCUUAAAACUCUUUUAAUACCUGAAAGCUUUACUUAUAUUCCUACUGGAUAUUUAUUUCUUUAAAGCAUUUUGUGUGUAUUAUCCACAACCUCUAUUGUGACCAUAUUUCUUCCCUCUGUUCCUUCUGAUAAAGUUUUCCCUUUCUAUUAUUCCUACCACUCCCAGUUUUUAAGAGUGCCUGAUGUACAUGCGCUGAGUUUUACAAUUGAGCUGAAACAACACUCUGUUCUGUUUUUGUUUCUUCUUCUACCUCUAAGUUGAAAAAUGGCAACACUUUAAUUUGUGAACAGUUAUUCUUGAAUUCAAAUUCUCUUUUUAAUCCUGUCCCCUGCAUUAUAUAGAAUAAAUUUUUGAUUGGUAACUAAAAUGAGAAUCUUGUCCAUCUCUACAAAUACUAAAGAAAUAUUUUAAAGAUUUGAUGUCCCCUGAAAAAUUCUGCCAGUAAAAUUUUAAAAACAAAGUUCUCAUUUUUAAAAGAAAAAUUUUAUUUCCCAACAGGAAGCAGUCUGCUAUACCUGGCUUGCUUAGACAAUAUAUCCUUGCUUAAGAAUUUAUCUCUUGCUGGGCAUAUACAUCAAGCUACCUGUCUUGCCAGUUCUUUCUCUCAUGCAGUCCUGAUGUACUUUAUAAAUUCUACAUCAGAAGCACCUUAUCCGACACUGAAUUUUAUUCACAUCUCAGCUGAAGCAUAACUGUCUAGAAACCUUCUGCAACACCUUCAUAGCAAAAGAAAUCAACAAAUAAAGGUGAAAAUGCAAGGAUUAAUUUUCAAAUAUACACAAACUAAGUAACUAAAUUAGUGUAAUGAUCAGUAUACUAUCUUUACACUUAAGGAGACCACCAAGAAAAAAUUAAUGACCUAUAAUAAGCAGAAGUCUUAAUAUUAUUUGGCAUUUUUCUUUUAUCACUUAACAUUCAGUAAACAAGCCAUUUUUUAAGAACAAAUAUUUACCACUCAUUUAUAAGAUGUCAUACUUAUUUCCUUCUUUCAUGUUAGAGAAUUAUGGUGGUAUUAAGAUGCUGCCUUAUGGUAACUGAACAUAUUUAUUCAUUCUGGUAACAGAACUUCUGCACCAGUUUCAAAACAAAUCUGGCUUUCAACAUUAAGCAUUGAAGUGGCAGGCAAGACUUGUUUCCAUUUGUGUCUCCUGAAUUCUAAGAUCAAAAUGAGAGGAUAUUUCUUUAAUAUUAAAUUAGUAAAUAACCUAUAGCCUUGCUUUAUACAGUGCUUGCUUUCUACAAAGUGAAAUGACAUCCUCUUCGCUGACAGCUACCAACUGUAUAUACUAUGGAAACUCAGAGUUACCUUCUUCCUUCCUUACUUCUAAAUGCUGAAGAAUCCAAAUUAAGUUGUUAUACCUGCAUACAGUUAAUAAAAAUCAAUGAAGUUCACCACAUGGAAAACCAGCUAUAACAAUUUGCUCCUCCAUCUUAAAAAACAGACAAGCUUUUAAUUAAAACAAGCCUAACACAUUGGAGUAUGUAUUAAAAUUAUUCAGUAUGUCAAACUCUAAGAGGAAAAAAAAAAAACCCCAAAGUUAUUUCAAAAACCAUAAUCCACAAAUAUUACAAUUACAAUUUAUUUCUACUUCCUAAUUUGUGCAAUACUAUGGCUUAAUAGCAUGUAUCCAUUGACUGCUCUAGAUGUAUUUUUUCCAUACUGUAUCUACGUACAUAAAUAGCAAGACUAGACAUGGUUCAAUGAAAAGAGUGUGCACUGUACAGUGAAGGCUUCUCUAAAUAUUUACCUGCAGAACCUGGAUAGUUUAAAGCCCAUUUCCCACAGUGUUCUUUAGUUUCUCACUGAUUUAUUGAAUGUGAUCAGAAAGCUUCUUUCAUUAGAGUCUUUAAGAAAGAGAUUAGACAAACAGUGAUCAGAAAUUUUGUUGUACAAUUUGUCCUAUAUGGGAGCAGCAAAAUGAAACUGAUGGCUCUCAAGGAUCCUACAUCUUAAGUGCUAGGCUUUUACAAAAUUAGCAACAAACUCAAAAUUGAAAGAAGACAUUGACAUUUUUGAGCAUGAACAAUCGCCUUGUCAUAUCAACAAUAGCUUUUUCAAUAAGUUCCAAACAAUACAGGAUUAAAUAAUACAGCAUUGAUUGCUCUAAUCCAUGUUUUUGCAGUCUGUAAUAUCUUUGAUUAUUAGACCAUAAGCUGACAAAAGUAUGAAUUUAAUAAAUAAUGUAAAUACAUUUGAAAGUAUUUGGACCCACACAUACAUUAAAAGUAUCAGACAGCAAUGUGUAGUCAAAGUUGUGAAAUAUGUUUUGAACACUAUGUUUAUAGCCCACAGAGUUGCUCAAUGAUUUGUAGAAGGACAGACAUCUGGAUCAUUAUAGUAUCUGUAUGAACAAAAAAUAGAGAGAUGAUUUCACAGCCGUUUUUGACCUCUCUGAAUAAUUUCAAUCUGACUUUGCAAAAACUCUUCCCCAAGCAGACAACAGCAUUGUACCCAUGUCAAUUAUUGUAGGCAGUCAAUGUAUGGCUGUUGAAUAAGUGAUUCAGUCCUUACAGAAUUGGUAUUUAGAUCUGGCAUCUGUUUUUCUUGGCUUCUUUCACUGCUGAUUCUGCCAGCUUCUUAAUCUCAGUCCCUUGCUUUCUCUUACAUGCAUAGACAUUUUUCCAUUGCCUCUAAAUUUUCUGCAGCAAGCGAGCAACAAGUUGACCUGCCUUCUUUUCUGUGAUCCUGUUUUGUUCAGACACAGUGUGCAACACAUUCUAUAAUCCUAUCAAGGAUAUUUCAACCUUUAGCACAUUGUUUGAUUUUCGUUCCCCUCUCUAUUGCUCCAUACACAAAGGACUGUGAGACAAAAUGAAGAUCUGAAUCUACGGUAAAAGGCAAAAUACUUGAGGUAACAACAGGAUUUUUUCCUCCCAAGUACCUAUUCCUUAAACAGAACAGAAAAAAAAGUAAUAGGACACCACACAAGACAUUCAAAACCUGAAAGGCUGCAGAGGAAUCAAAAGUCUUGCUGAUAAUAGAUUUCUAACAGUGUUUUCACAGUCAUGUCAUCACUUCCUUCUCUUUAAUUUAGAGGCAGUAAAGCCCAUUUCAUCUCUUUCCAUCCUGAGAACCUUAACAGCUAUCAAACUUAGACCCAUCAGCUUCCUAAACAUUUGCAGGUAAUGUCAAAUUUAGCCAUGGAACAGAACAAUAUGAGUCAAAACAGUGUCUAGUGUGAUAAAGUGUAAUGCUACAUUACACAGUGUACAUAUUUUAUAGGGUAACUCAAUUAGUGCAAUACUGCCUAAAGCUGCUCAGGAUCAUCUCUUAACCCACCCAUUUUCAGGCAUGGUAGUUUAAAAUGCAAACACAUUGAGAGUGGCCAAGGUCAGAGACAAAAUGCAGUGCUAAAAUUCCCUCAGCUAUCACCCUGAAGGGCAUUUCUAAUGUUAAUCCAGAAAUCUAAUUAGGCAGCCUGACUGAAAAAAAAAUCCCACUUGAAAAACCAGUUAAGGUCAUUAAAUUGAAUAGAUUCCAGCUACCAUGUGGAACAACACUAAUCAUAUGGAAUGGUUUUCACAGCUCACUUUAGUACUACCAAGCCAAAUAUUUGCAUGCAAUGUAAACAGAAAAAGAAAAUAGUGCAAUAUUAAGUCCUUGGAAAUGGAAAACAGAAGAACAAUUGGUAAUGAUGGCCAAUAUGACCAGCAUUUCCUGUACAGAUGUACAUGCAGGUGGCUCACAGACACGAGUAGAUGAGCUUAGAGCACAUUUUUAGGAGGCGUUUCAAAGAUGGUUGAAAGACUGCUUUCCAUGAUAAUGAGAGGAUGGAAAAGAAUUUCUAGAGGCAUCUGUUUUGCAAGGAUCUUAUGUAAUAUUCAUUCCAAUGCUCUGGAUCUCUUGCUGCACCACCAGUGGCAACAAAAAGGGACUUGGAGAAAAAUAGAAUCUUAAAAUAGUAAGGGAGAUAGUUCUACACAAAUAUUUUAUUACUACUCAUUUGCCAUUGUUUCAAGAAAGGUCACAAAACCCUUGAAAAUAUGCCAAAUUUUCUGUGAACCUUUCAAUAAUGCCAGUGCGAAAAUAAAGAAAACCAUGACCUUUCUGAUUCUUACAGAUACUUCAGAAAAUUACCUCCUCAUUUCAGUGUAUGCUUGCCUCCUGGACUUUUAUAAAAAAAAAAAAAGAAAAAAAAAGAUAAAAAGCAAAGAAAAAGCAACAGACUUAUAAUCACCAGAGGUAUAGAGAGUAUAUUUUAUUUUUCCUGUAGUAUUCAUAAAAUUCCACCUAAUCAGUCACUUACUCAUUAGUCCUUUCCAUAAUCCCUUCUAAUUUAUUUCAUAUUAUUGAAUGCUGAAGUACAAAGGCCUGUUGAAGUACAAAGGCCAGUUGUAAUUUCUUCUACUGGUCUGCUCAAUUAAACACCACUACUUUUCCUUGUGAAACUAAAGGAAAAUUGUUUCAUUCCUUCUAAUUUUGCGGGGCUUUUUUCUCGUGUUUAAAAACUUGAUGACAUUUGAAGUGCCACAUCAUUCACCUUAAGAUCUGAAAGUAAAGUAGCAAGGCUGACUUUGGGAAUUCCAUCCAAACCCAACAACUGAACUCUUGAAGUCUGUGUGAGCUCUGCUACUCUACUCACAAGUGAGGAGAGCUUCCGCAGAUGUCUGCUUCACACAACCUCAUGUAGUAAAGGUGUGGUUCUCCCCUCCUCCUUCCCCAGGCAAAAUGAGCCUCCAUUAUUUGCCCAGGAUAAUUUAUCUCUGUGUGACUGGUACCCCUUGCUCCUUACCCCGGGUACCAUCCUGCCAAGGAGCCCUAGAAAAACCUGUCUGUCCACAUAGUGUGUCUGCUUGCUGCAGCUCAACUUUCAAUACUGUUGGCCAUAAAUUCCAACAUCAAUAAAAGAAUUUAUAAUAAUUAGUGCAUGCUUUUAAAGAAAAGUGGAACUGUUUCAGAAAGGUUGGUAAGAGAGGAGCAUCAAGUACGCACAUAGGUCAUUUGGCUCGACAGACUUAAAAAUUUUCUUCCUUCUGCCAAGAUAGCUGUUAAAUAAAAUAAAGUUAAUUCCUGAAAGCAUAUGUCAGCAAAAAUUUUCCAGGGCUUUCACAGUCUCUUUAAUAAAAAUAUUUCUUAGAGGCAUGCCAUUAUUUCCUACUCUCUAAAUGACUUAUUUACUGACUUUUACUGACUAUGAGAAGUCCUAGUAACAUUUUAAAUACUAGUAGAAUACUUAUUUUGCUAGCCAGCACUACCUUUUCCCAUAUUUCUACUGUAUAUCACCAUACAGGAAAUGGAACAGAUAAAAACAAUAUGCAGAGAAUUCUUUUUGAGAAGUCAUAUCAUAUUCAGAUGACUGUACUGAGGAGAAAUAGCUUUGAAUUUAGGGGAGAAUUCCUGUCCUCUUCAAAUCUUUCUUUUCCUUCUUAUGUACACUCCCAACACUCUUGUGAUUCUGUACUGAAUAAUACUGAUAAAUUCUGUACUGAAAUUAUAUUGGCCUUUCAUAUGCAGUAUACUGAUGAGAAAGAGAGUAGGAUAGAAGGAUUGUCAUUCACUUGCUGUUUCCAUGUUAUGAUUUUUUUAGGGUGAACUCUCUAUGCUAUUCAUUAAAUAACAAGAUUAAUUAAUGAGACCUGUUUUACCUUGGCUAGCACUCAUAGACCAAUAUGGUUCAUCUGAUGUUUGUGAAAGUUUCAUAUUUAAAAUAUCAUUCCAUUUAAAGAACUCAGUCUUGUACCAAUAUGCAACAUUUGCUCACCUAAGUCUCCACUUAUAAUUAAAGGGACUUCAACAGUGCUUUUUCAAAGAAAAGAGAUUUUCUUAUAACAGAUUUGUAGCUUCUAUAUGUGACAGCAAUGGGUGGGGUUAUUUUUACCUGUAAAAAUAUGCUUCAUUUUAUCCUAUAAUAUGUCUGUACUACUUUGUGGGUGGCUUUGUUUUUGCCUGUGGGUUACACAAAAACACAUUAUUAAAUUGAUAUUAUGGUCUGUGAGUCUCAAGCCUAGUUCUCAGCUAUAAGCAGGAGCAACUCUGAAUCCAUUUAAACAGUAUCAAAUUACAAUCUUUGAGUCUCAUUCUUUCUUAAUAAUUUAGAGUGAGACUAUCUCCUGAAAGGCCCAGGUUGAUUUCAGGCUCUGAUUUGCUUCUAUCGUCUCUGGUUUUUUGUGGUCUUGCAAGAUUAAAACACCUAGAUGCUCAGUUGACAGCAUCACUGUAAACAAAGCCUCUUCUAAUUUGCUUUUAUAGUUUGGAUUUUGCAGACACUCAUGGUUUUGGUGACAUUGACUGCAUACACUAGCUCCAGCUGAGCCAGUUUUUAAGACUACCUAUGAUUGUACGUUAUGAAGCUGUUACCAUGGGCAAGUGCAGGAAGUUACAACCUUCCACAUCACCUACCAGAUCCUUUUUUAUAACAAUGAAAUAUACGUCUCUUCUGUCACAGUACAAAUACAGCUAUUUGAUUUUUUAUGUUACUGAAGUUGUAUUAUUCAUCUUAGGCUAUGUAUCCUGUAUCUUAGAACAGUGAAUAUCUUGCAUAUUCUGCCACCAGAUCUAUAAUAUAUCUUCUCUAAUCAUUCAUUUCUACAUCUGAUUUUUAUCUCUCAUUUACAUAGAGCUCAAAGUUUUGGUGGAUUUUUACUCCCUUGUAUUUACAUAUUUUAACUUGAUUAAUUGAACUGGUAUAUUGCUGGUAAAUCUGAACGAUUACAAGCAAGCACAGCAGGAACAAUAUUCAUUUUUUCCCUGGUAUUCUUGAACUUCAACAUGUCCAACUGCAGAUGAACAAUUAGCUGGUAUGCUCAUCUUGCUGCCUUUUAAUAAUGUGCUAGCAUUCCAGGUGUUUCACUCAACAGACAGAGUCUUAGGAAAAAAGUCCACCACAUUUUCACAAAAGCUUUCUGCCUUUCUUCUGAAACUCUGAAGACCUCUUCUGUUGCUGUUUUGUGAAAAAAGAAAGCCCCAGGAACCACAGGUAAGAUAGAAUAAUUAUUUAUUUUAAACAACUGCCUAAUGAUACUACAGUAGAAGGAUAUCACAACUUCUUCUUUUAUUGCCUUGUAAUUUCUACAGAAAUUGAAUGCAAGUGGGUUAUAAAAGCCAGUGUGGUAUUUCCUGAACAGAAACAUAAAUGGAAAAAGCAAGAGAUUUUCUUAGUUGAACUCUAAAUGUCAUUUUUACUAGUAAUAAAGAGUUUGGGAUCUAUAGAUACAUUUAUCUUAAAUGAGUUUCCGUUAUAUUGCAAUAGAUGAAGCCAAAUAUUCAACUGAUUUCUAUACUUUGAUAUGGCAAUCACCCUCCUCAGAAAUGCUGGACCAGAUCAUACAUCCAAAAAAGAGGCACUUUCCAUAAGCCAUGGCACCUGCCAGAGUCAUUUUGGAGGAUGGCUUGGGAGAGAGACACAGACUAUUGGACCUACAAUCACAGACACUUGGAAGUAAACUUAAAGAAAUUCAAUCUAGUUGCAAUUAUUGACUAUCUCACAUGAGUCUAUGUGAAAGAUUUUCCCUUACGGAUAGCAGAUGGUGAAAAAAGGAUUAAAUUUCUUGAAAGCGAUAAUUUUGUCAUUUGAUAUUGGCAUGGAAUUUACCUGUUAAAUUAUCUGAAUUUGCAAAUGGAAACAGACAUUGGUUUGCAGCCAGUCUUUAAAAAUUCAGAACUACUUUAUAGUUUUGAUAUAUCUAUUCUACUCAGUCUAGCAGAACAAUGAAAAAUAUGGAAGACAGAAAAUGAAAUUGAAUUUUUCUUGGUCAACUGACAUAUGGUGAAAUUUCUGUUGAUAUCACAUGCAAAUCCAUUGCAAUCACUCUUGAAUAGUGGUUAUAGGAGCCCCAGGGCUGAGCAGAUAACGUUUUAAAAAAAUGAAACAAGAAUAUAUGAAUGGAUAUAAAAUAAUUUAUCCCACUAUUUGAGCAGCAGGCCAGUACCCAGUGUGUCCAGUACAGUCACAAUGAAUAACCAAUGUAUAACAAGGUUUAUUCAAAGCAUAGGCUAUAGAACAAUUCACUAGAUUGCUUUUUACCUUCCUCAAGUUCUUCACAAUCGCAAGCAUUUGAAGACAUUUAAACAGUUCAGACAAAGAAAAAGUUUAGACACAGAAGCACAAAGUGUUUUCAAAACUUUUUUUUCUAAAAGCUUUGCAUGUAAUUUAUAUAUUUGCUUAAAACUGCUCUUCUGCUAAUCAGUUGCAUCCAUAGACAGCAUUUCCUCUUUCUUUGUUGUAAAUGAUUUGACUAUGAAUUACAGCUCUGACACAUCUAUUCAAUGGGACAACAUUCUUAAUUCUAGAGACAAGAAGCUCUGGCAGUCUUCUGAUGAUCUAUUCAUAUGAGGUUCUUUUACAUACUUUUGCAUUUUUACUGUGAAGAAAAAUUUAACUCUUUGAAUCAAAGUAUCAACUCUCAAAGAAUCUCCCCAUCAAGAGUUAGGUUCCCCAAAUGCUGAUUCUUAUUCUGGUAAUUAUCUUGGAAGAAUUUCUACUCUUUUAUAGAAGACACCCCCAGUCUGAAUGGAUAAACUGAUGUGAAGGAUCACCAUCAUACCCAGAUUCCACUAAAGGCCACCAUGAUCGUUGUCAGCAUUAUGUUAUGGGUAAGUAGAUAAAUUAAUAUCUACUUCUUAGGUCUUGCACUCCCCUUGUGAUCAUCAAUCUAUUCAACUGGUGCACUUCAUUCUGUAGAACAGAAGAAAAAAAUUCUUUUGUGAUUGACAAUUUUUCUGUUUUUCUAGAGAGAAAACUCUGUGUUGAUGUUCCAUUAACAGCUGUGACAUGAUACGGAAAUUUUUACUAGAAUAUAUUAAUUUUUUCAGGUGUUUAUUACCACUCCUACAGACUUACAUUCUGUGAAUUCUGUGACUUUCUUUUUAGAAUACCAACAUAAUUAUCUGGUAACAGCUGCUGAAUAUAAACCACAAGCACUGACCAAAUGAAAAAGGUUGUGUAAUGUUUAGGAGUACCAGCUUUUAGAUAAUCAUUAGUGAACUUUUUCUGCACAAACAUGGGAUAAAUCACAGAGCAACUGCAAUAUCUCAGGAUCCUUCAUGAUGGUGUGUAUUCCCAUUCAGAAAUUCUGUAAAAACCAAUAGUCAUUACAUAUAUGUAAGGUUGAAAGACCCCACAAAUUUAUAAUAGUUUUGCAAUUUCAGAAGCUGAUGUUCAAGCUGGUAAAAGUAACAACUGCCUCAUGUGUUAUGUCAAACCAAAUUUUAAUUAAUAUACUGCAUUUUUUCUUGAGAGUUCAACACACUUACACAGGGUAGAAAGAUCUAAUAUGUUCUCUAAAGCUUCUCUAACUCUCUAAUUAAUGUCCCUAUCUAAUGGUUCCAUGGUCUAAUUAACAUAUAUGACCUAUCAGUAAGAACUAGUUUUCAGGUUUUCAGGAUGAUUGUGAAUAUAAGUUAUACAUUAUAUAUUUCAUAUACACAGCAAAAUCAUAUCAGCUUUAAGGGCUGUGAAGGGAAGAUGUGAUGUCAUGCAUUUCACCCACAAAAAAAUCAUCUUAGUAUAUGGCACAGCACAGAAAAAAACCUUGUCAUUCCUCUGUAGGUGGCACAUCCUUAUCAUGUCAAUUAGCACAGGGGGGCUUGUGUGCAGAUGACAAACUGAGAUGAGAUACGUGAGAUGAUGUAUCUCUGAAUGUAUAGAAAGGAAACAACACAGAUAAGCCCACAUGUAAAUCAUGAAAGUGAACUCACAGCCAUCAGUCAACAGGCAAGCACAGCCUGUAGUGACAAUAUACUCAUGGUGAUACUAAGAAGGAGCACAGCUCUCACAAGAGUUUCUUCAAAGUCAGCAGAACAAGUGGUGGGUCCAAAGAAAGAAGCAUACAAUCAUGGGGAGCUAAUAAAUUAUAGGGAAAAAAAAGGUUUUGGCUCAGAAAUGAAAAUUUUAGAGUAUUUUGCAAUUUUUUAUUGAAAUAUGCUAUCACAUCCAAACAAGGAUCCCGAAAGAAAAUAUUUUAAAAAGACUCCUACGUGUUUUCAGUGCCAUCAUUCAAAGCAAUCUUCACUUAAAAUGAACCAGAGGAUAAGUAGGAUACUGUCUAGAUCAGCAAUCACAAUUACUACGGUGCCAAGGAGUGGAAGGUCAUUGGGCAAGUUCCUCAGUGUGCAGCAUAUGCUGUGGUCAUGAAAGCUGGAGGCUCAUGACCUGCUAUGAACACAAGCUGUUCCCAACUAGUGGUCGAUAAUUUUCUGUAUCAUUUACAAUAAAUAUUAAAAACCACCAACACAGUAUGAAAUUAUGUCCACCUGCUUUCUAGGACAUAUUUGCAUAUUUGCUAAUUGAGCAGGCAUUAGCAAAGAAUCACUCUGUAACAGAUUUUAUUGAGAAAUUCAAGAAGCAUUUAAGCUUAAGAAUUAAACUUGGACUUAAAGUUCAAUAAAUACAGGUUUUUAGAAUGCUUUUCAGCCUUUUCUAUAAAAAUUUUACUACGCAUAUAAAUCAUGGGAGUUUUGUCAUUGUCUCUAAAAGAAGUAAAAUCACACUCUCCUUUCACAACCUCUCAAAUACUAGACCAUAGGGAAUUAAAAACUUCUUUUCUCCUCAUGCAUAAAAUCUUCAAUAAUAUAUAAAACACUAUUUUCCGGUAUACUGUAGCUUUUUGACUUGAACACCUGUGUUUCAGAAAACUAAUUCUACCAGUUUGUAUUGAGCUAUAUGCUUCCUUCUAGCUUGUUCCUGACAGUACUAGAUCUUAACCAAGUGUCUCUCUACUGAUUCACACUGGAAAACCAUUGUAUGUCAAAUAGUGAUUUAUAUAAUUGUUUGAAUGACCAAAAAGAGGAUUUGCACCCACAAAUAAGAUCUGUACAGCAUGUAAUGCAAAAAUAUAUUUGGGGUCAAUCCAAUGCUGCAUAAAAGCAGGGGUCCCAGCCUCUGGAGGGAUACAAGAUUUACGUGCUGUCUGCAUUCCACUUUUUACUCUAUCCUAUUAAAACAGCUAUUUUAUUGUGCCAUUUGUUUUCAGAUCUUUCUUGCCAAGAUCCAAAAAGAACCCUUCACCAUCUUGCUUUUUCACACACAUCCUUUGCCUUGGUACAAAACUAUUUUUCAGGGAUUCUCUUGGCUCAUCUGACUUUUAUAUUUUUCUGUUCUUCAAACAAAAAUGGAUUUGCAGUGCUAUGAGGCUGAUUAAUCUUUCCCCAAGAAAACUGCCAAAAUGGCUACAGUUGCAGAGUUCUGGGGUAAUUUACUCUAAGAGACAAGAAUUUGAAGGCUCUUUUAACUUUUGGUGAAAAUAACGUUUAUUACUACACUGUUGCUGAGGGGCUGCUACAUAUUCUAACCUAACCUGACUCACCAAGUAUCUUCAAGGACACCCUAGCUGAGAAAAAACUCAGGUAACUGGACAAAGUCUUGACAGUGUAGAAGUUAACACUCUUUUGAUAGUCAAUGGUCAGAUGACGAAAAGAUCAGGCAGUAUUACGGAAUACAGAUUUCAAAUCAAACUAUUAACUGGUUGUUUUCUUCCUCAAAGACUCACUUUGAGCAGAGAGAAAAUAGCUUAAAUGUCCAACUUCUGAAAUAUUGCAAAAUGCACAGCUGACAAAGUUCAGGAAGGCUGGGGAAUGAAGACAGCUAAGCAAAAUCUAUCAGCAGACUGCUUCAGAUUAACCUAGCACUCCAUUAAAAGCGUUCCUUGGUUAGUAAAAAGAUAUUUCAAAAGAAUUAUUAUUUGGGGAACUUCACAAUCAAUCAUGCUGAUAGAUGGUUUCAUUUGUCUGGGAGAGGACUGUUUCAGUACUGUGACAGGGUAAAAAGGAACAGCAAAUUCGGCUGUGAGCCACUUGGCACAGUGUUUCAGCAUAUGCUGCUCUGCAUCACAGUUUUGGAAGGACAGAAAGCUCUUAGAAAAGUAAGUGGACAGAAUCAAUCUCAUAUGAGGCAGCCAAAGGCAUAAAUGCCAUUUUCAUCUGAAGAUUUCUUACGUAAAAAAACCCUGAUUCUCUCCAUUAGGCAGCAGUCUUUGCUAAUAAAUGUAACUCGUAUUGUUCAAGCGUUCAUGGAGUAAUAUUGAAAUGGCAGAUUUCCUUACUGAGAAUGACCUGAGCAAGUACUGAAUUAACUGCAGUUACAGACUAGGCCAAAAACUCUUGUACAUAGAAGUAUUCAAAAUUAAGCUAUGACUCAACUACACAGUUUUCACUCAGUACAAAUGAUGAUGGUCUUUAGAGAGCAGAUAUUCUUCAUCUGACAAUCUGCUCUAUGGCCACUGUAAUGCUAGUGACACUGGUCUUUAAUGAAGCCAGGGCCACUAUAGGAUUCAUCUGGAGUGAUGAAGGUCAGCUACAUCUUUCUCAACAUGCCUCCUACCAGCGCAGGACCCGAAGGGGAAAAACUAAUGGCUCAUCAGUGGCACAGAUGUGCCUGCAGGAAAAUGUUCCUCUGGUUAUUUAUGGUUGGAUAAAGUCAUUUACAGAGUCUCAGUGGAGCCAAAGGGCCAUAACCAGACUUGAGAAUCUAUUUUCUUUUUUAAUCUCCACAGGAAUUUCCAUAUACUCUAGCAGCAUUGCAUUCAUAGAAUGUCCCCCUCAAAGAAAAAUCUGUUUCAUCCAAACCCAUUAUUUGAAAGAGGUUUCUGGAGGGGGUUUUCUACAGAAUAUUUCCCACUAAAAAUCAGGGUGAAAUGGAAAAUUAGCACCUGUUCAGUGUAACCUACCCAUUUUGUUGGGGCAAAAGAAAGCAGGAGCUAUAAAGGGGAAUGAGAUAAAAGAGACAAUAGUGCCUUCAUCAGUCAUCAGAAAUACCUGGUUAACAUACAGUUUAGUACUAAUGUUACUCAAGUGAAAUAUUCUAAUGUAUACAAAGGUAUUUUUGAAACAAUUUUAAAUCAGAAGAAAGGGGGUUCUGUAUUUUCACUUUUGAAGAGAUUGAAGACAAAAGAGCAUUAUCUCAACACUUCCUAUGUGACAAAAUUCCUUUUGCAGAAAAUUUCUGCAAAAAGCAAGGAUUUGCCUAUGGAUCCUUGGCAAGGAUUUCUCUUUGAUGACUCUAAGCAGAAGUUAAUCAGGAGAAAAGACUAGAUGAACCUUGGGAUGGACAAAGAUGAGGUAUUCAGAAGAUGCAAAGCAAAAAUGGAAAUAGAACAUAGAGAAGUCAGCAUGCAACUGAGCGCAGGCUUGGGAAGCAACUGAAAAAAGAUGGCUAAAGCUUAAGUAAACUCUUCCUGCUAGUGGUCUCAAGUAUUUUUUCUGUCUUAAACCUCCAAACAGAAUUUAUUAAGUAUUCUUAUUACAGCUACAUACUAGUCCUAGUACAUGAUUUAACAAUAUUCUUUAAAAAAUUCAUUGCUUAACUUUCAUAAGACUUUUUUGCCCCCUUCCUUGAAGAGUGGUAAAUGAUCAUUCUCUAAAUAGCUUCAUAUAUUUAGGAAACUUUCUACACACAGGUGCAUUAACAUUGAAUUAAUCUAUUUAUCUUCAUAUUAUUUGUCAUACGCAAAACAGAAUAUCACUUUUAAAUUUCAAAAUAUAAAAUGUCUGUCUCAAAAGCAUGUUACACAAAUUUAAUCCCCCAUCAUAAAGUGAAUCAUCAUUUCCUUCAGCCACCACAUUGUAAGAUUUAUACUAAGAAAUAAAAAAUUUUCCUGGUUUCAAUAUCCAUUCUGCAUUAGCCUUCUCUAAAAAGUCAAGAUAGAUCCUGACACUCAUGCUAUAUUAUAUAAAUAAAGGAUUUUGAUAUUAUUUAUCAAAUUCUGUAAUUUAAAACACUGUCCAAAUCCUUUGUUGUGUUGUUUUAAUUAAUUGUGUUUAACAGAUAAAUGUAAACUCAUCAAUAAAAAAAUUUUGGUUUUCAACUAUAUGUUUAAUCUACUUAGUCAGAAAGUACUAAGUAGAUCCAUAGUCACAAUGCCCCCCAAAACAAAGCAACAAUCAAAUAUAACAAAUAAAACCAAGCAAACAAACAAAAAGAAAAAAAAAAUCAUAAGCAGAAUAUAUGUGUGCACAAAACAGAGGAACCAAUAGUUAGUAUUUUAUAUGCAGCACAUGUGUUCAUGACAAACACUUCCAUUCUCUACAUAAUUUCAAUAAAUUCUGAAGACUAUUGUGAUUUUUUUGAAACAGUGAUUAGAUUACUUUAUUGCAAAAAUACCAAGUAAUUUAAAAAUAUUUUGAACAUUUGUGUGCAGAUCUGAAAUUUAUAGUUGUAUUUUAACUUAUUGAUUAUUUAUUUAUGCAUUUAAAAAUAUAAUAAAUUUUGAACCUUUUAAAUUGUUAAUGAUGACAAGAAAAAAUUAAAGAAAGUCAAAUCUGGAUGUCCUCCAUCAAUGAAAACAGUAAUGAAAUUUCUAUGUGAUUAAAACACUACCCUUAAAUCAUGAUGCAGUUCAGAAAAAUGUGUAGUCAUAUUAACAAAUAAAUUCUUUAUAUCAGAUAUAGCUUUUUAACCUAACUUCCUGGUGGAAAAUACUGUGGUAAAUUACAGAAUUUAGAAAGCCAUGAAACAGGCAGAAGAAGCAUGUUGAGCAUGAUAAAGAAUAUGAGAGGUUUUUGUAACCAUUUUUUGUACCACUUAUAUGAUACCAUAUGGUCUGCUACUUCAAUAAAACGAAGGUUCACUGGCCUAAUUUUAAAUACAGAUUUGAAAAUCAUAAUGCAAAGUAUAAAAUGCUAAUGAAUGUAUUUAUUUAGGGGUGCCUUUUAGAAGUUUGGACAACAUUACAAUUACUCAACACAUGACAUUUUGGCAUAAAGUCAGGAUAGACUCCUCAAAUGCAUAAAACACAAAUGCACCUGCUCAAGGUAGGAUAAAUAUUCAUACAGGAAAAUGAAGAGUCAAAAUAACAACUGUGCCUCUUCACCUGUACUUAUUUUAGCUCUACCACAAAAUACAUUAAUUAGUGAAACAAUCCAACUGCUGAUGAACAGCUGUGAGCUUCACAAACUGUCUCUGGACCUGCUAAACUGGACAUAAAAUAUUGUGUACACUGCUUCUAAGCAAAAAUUUAGAGGAGUGCAAUUUUAAUUUAACAACAUGGCUUUCCUGUAAGCACACUAAAACACACUCGAGCCACCGAAUAACCUUCAAUAAAAUCAAUAAGCAUUAAGAAUUGAAAUAGCUUCCAGACUGGGGACUACAGGGUACCAACACUCUCAAUUUGGCAAGGCCAGAGUGCUUAGCUGAAUAAGGAGUUCAAGAUAUACAUAAAGUUUAGCUGUAAAAUAUAUUAUCAAGUAAGGCCCAUAAUGAUGAAUUAAGUGAAAAUCAAGAAUGUUUCUAAUUUUUCUAAAGUACUUUUAGCUUAAAAUUAAUUAAAGUUCUUUCACAACAUUUUUAAUGGCAGAGAAUUUUUAAUUUUAUUUCUUCCCUUGCAAUCUCUUCAAUAGACUAUGAUUUUAAUUUUUGGUUCAUGUCUUGUAAAUUGAUCUAUGAAAAAUCAAAAGGGUUAAAGAAAUCAGUUGUAGCCUAAACAAAAAUCAAAUAUUAGCUUCUGAAGAGCAUUAGCUGGGAUUUUCUACAAUACAAAUUAUAACCUGCGGUAUUGAAUUACUUGCAAUAAAUAUAUUGAUAAAAUAUUUUCACUUUUAAAGUUUUCCUGAACAGUUUUCACGAAAUCUAGUGCCUAGUCCACAAAGUCCUUCAUCCUUAUUUAAAAUGAAUGUGGAUUUUGACACAUGUUCGCAGAUGGUUGCCUAGGAAAUUUUAGCAUGCUUUGGACAUAACUGAAAAAAGUUAUUCUUAGAAGCAUUUGCAAUUUCAGGUGGCUGUUACUUGAGAAGUACACAUGCAAAAAGGUGAAAAGACUAGCUUCAGUCACCACGGAUGUGUCAGUGUCUCCAUUACCCAGGUCAAAUUUAGCCACAUUUUGCAUAAAGAGGAAGGGUGAUUCACCUUGGGUCAAAGAUUCAGUGCUCUGUAAAAGGGCAGAAUUUUCAACGACCUUGUCUAUUGCUGGUGCUUGUCAUUGUGGGGAUCAAUUUAACUUUACAGCAUCCAAAGCAUCUUUUAUUCCUUUUUGCUGCCACAGCACAAAUCCACACAAUUCUUUCAUUGAGUGCUCUUAGAUCCCCAGUGGGCACUUAAGACUCCCAGGGUAAUUGUGUAAUAGAAUAUAAUCUGACUGGCUGCAACCUACUGCAUUUCUGCCACACCACAACAAAAACAAAUCAAAAUAAAUCCCCAGCAUUCAAAAACUUCCUUCACUCUUCUACUCUGCAAAGCCUGAUCAUAGGAGACCUAAUGUUUUGUUUGUUGGUUUUUUUGUUUGUUUUUUUUUUUUUUUUUUAAGAGGAACAAAAAGGAAAAGGAUAAAUGCGAAUAACAGGAAUAUCUACAGAAUGCUAACAAAAAUCAGAACAAAAAAUGAGUUGUCGGCAAGCACUCAGUACAAAAUUGAAUUCAUUGCAUGCAGAGUAAAGACUGAUUUAAAUUCACUCAUAAAAGCAGCAUUAAGGAGGAAUCUAGGUGCUCAGACAAGAAGUUCUGUUGUAAGAUAAAAUGCUAUACAAGGUUAUACCAUCCAAAGCCUCAGUUUUUUAUAUAUGUUUUUCUUAAGCUCACCUGGUAAAUCUGGCAAAGAGAAUUAGCUAUGUAAGCCAUCUACUCAACAUCUCCUCAAAGUCAAACAGAAUAAGCAGCUACAGCAGUUCUUCAUCAUAUGCUCUUUUUAAAAGUUAUUUCUUAUUUAUUUUUAUUGCAUACAAGUGGUUGCUGGUAUACAACAGCAAAUUGAAUAUGUUUUACAAAAACAGUUAUAGAUCUCAAUUUUUUUUCAGUGAUUAAUAAUGUCUUCAUCCACCUUGUUUGCCACUUAAAAAGUGAGAUUUCAUGGGGUAGCUGAAGGAGAGAUGAUGAACACUUUAGCUCUAAAAAAACCCCUACAUGAGAGUCCUUGAUGUUUUGUCUUUGAAAUUAUUUAGGGGAGGGAGCUUAACAGUAAUAAAUUAUUCAGUAAAAUGUGCACAAUUAAAUGCCAUUUAGAAUAUUAUAACAUGGAUUUUCAAGCUUUCUUUUAAGAAGGUGUAGUCAUAGAAAAACAGGGCUAGCAGGCUAAGUCACUUUAAUGCAUUAAAAUUACUACCUUCAAAGGGAGGCUGUACCUGUAAAUAACACAAUAUGAUGUUUUAUUUGAUUUGAUUUCAAACCUCAAGGUCUGUAUGUUCUCAUGCUGCACCCUGAAAUUUUGCAAACAUGAAUUUAUUUCCCACAUUCAGCGAGGCUGCUCAAGCAUUUGACUACAUAUUUAUAUGGUUUUUGAGGAAAACACAUAAAUCAUCCAUCCACUGUUAGGUGACAGAAAAAUUAAAGGAAAUACUGGUUUAGUAUCUAUUUAUCUAUAUAUAUGUAUAUAUGUGUGUGUGUGUGUAUGUAUGUGUGUGUGUGUGUGUGUGUGUGUGUGUACAUGUAUAAAUUUGUUUAUUUUUUUCACCUCCACCCCCAGUUCAGACACUUAAACCAAUUCAAGGACCUAGGUGGGUGUGGAAAGUUUGUUACAGAGACAACUGGUGUCUGAAUCAGCAGGAUACACAUCACUGUACUGCAAUCUAGAUGAGCUUUCAAGAUUAAGGCAAGUCUCUCUCACAAACAAGAGUAACUCAUGUACUGAUUGUGGUGUUUUAAAGUACACAGUCUUGUCUUUAAGUAUCCAAUUACAGCAUAUGUUUUGAGAUAAAGGUAUAAAUAAUGGGCUAUUUCCAUCUAAAUGUCCAGCUCUUCUAUUUGAGGCUGAGAACAAUCUCUCGUUACAGCAAUUAUUCUGGCUAUAUCCUCCUGUUGAUAGAUCACCCAGACCACUUAAAAUGUUCUUAAUUUUUUGGGUGGAAUUGCAAGCAAAAUAGUGAAUUCUCAAUUCCGAUUUUAGAAUGUGUAUUUCAAUACUGAUUAUUGAGAGAGUUAGAAAAUUAUAAUGCAUCUUUUCAACUUCAAAUCAUUUCAGCUCUGAUGAAUCAUUGUGAAAUAUAAGAAUCACACAGUUUUUUCUUAUAUAUUUGUGACUUGAUGAGUACUGGAAAUAUUAUUAUUUGGUGUGUAUAAUGUGAAUACACAGGCUUGUAAAUACAAAUUGGUCAAUUCCAUCCUUUAAAAGAAAAAUUCAUGGUUUUUGCCUUACUUAUUUUCUAAGAUGUUUUAAAUAAGGAAAAAAAUUAUAAAAUCAAUCCUUGUCAUGGAUUCUAUGGUGUAUUAAAUAUUACACAGAAGACUUUUUUCACAUGCAACAGAUAUAUAUUAAAAAAAGCAGCUUAAUAAAUUCAAGAGGCACCUUAAUCAGAAGGCAAGUAAGGAAUAUGAAUGCCACAGCUAAGGAAACAAAAGCUGCUUGGUGCUAAAUGUAUCUCAUCCCAACAAAAGAAAUUCAGGAAAACUUUAGAAAGACAAACGAACAAAAACAACUCACAGACUUUAAAAACAUUUAAGAGUUCUGUCUUUUCAGAAUAUGAAAUUUUCCUUUACUGGAAUUCAUAAACUGCAUUCUUCCCCUCCAGGUGCACUACAUCAAGGUCAGUAUAACUCCAUAGCCCACCAAACAUAGUAUUGCAAAGACUAGGCCAUAUGUUUUGCACUGGUUUUGCAAGGACUCAGAAAUUAGCUUUGUCAGGAAUAACUUGUACUUUUCUUGACCUGCCUGGAACUUUGUUUUCGAUUGUUCAGCUAUAAAAGCCUGACUAGGUGUCUAUGACUGGUUUGCUUUAUUUUUGUACAGCUCUGUAUUAUAUAACUGUAAUCCUGUACAUACUCUUGCAACAAGUAGAACAAAAUAGUAAUGGCUCUGACAUAAUAGUCUAAAGCAGAGAAAUGCAGGUUUGUUAUGGCAGUGGAGGAUUUAAUAGCGGGUUGGAAACUGCGUGGAAUGUAGAGAAACCCAGGCAUGGGAUGGUAAGAGAAGUGACCCAGGGUUGGCUCUAGAGAGCCUAGACCUGUAAACUUAACUAUGGACAAUUAAAGGAAUGCAGAGUAACUAGGAAAAAAGCAAGAAGUGCCCAGUAUAUGCAACACACUUUCUAUAUACCAAAUUCAGCUUUAACAUGGACCUACAGACCUGCAAAGAAAGAGCAAAGUUUGUGCGGUGUGUUAGAAGAACAAAUAAAUGACCCAAACCAGCUCCUACAGUGAGGGGGAGGCAGUUACCAUUAACAUUAUAUUGCUCUUGUCAAUGCACUCAGGAUCCUGAAAACUUGCAUGUCCAACUGAAGAUAUCAACUGCAAGAGGCCAAGAAGCAGUAGAAGGGUGAAUAUAAAUGCAAGGAAAGGAGUAGAUAAAAAGAAGUCCAUGUUUAAUAAUUUUACUUUAUUACUAUUACUGAUUCUUCCACAAUAAAAGAGAGUUUGUUAAUUUGUUUUCUCUUUAUUUUCCUUUCAUUUCCUAUAUUCCUUUAUUUGAAGGAAUAAAUAUUCUUCAAAUAGCUAUUUAAGAUUUAAAUUACCCAAAGAAAAAAUACUUGGUUUACAUAUAUAAGAUUUGGGGGAUUUUUGCCUUUAGGAAGAUAGAAACUUAAGUUUAGAUCCCUGAAAAAUGGUACUGAAAGAUUUUUUAGUGUUUCAACACAAGGAAAUAACCUUCUAGUUCAGUUAAACUCAUGCAACCUGAUGUUCAUUUGGAACAGUUUCUCCUACAAUCUUCUACACAUUGUUUUUUCUUCUACAUACCCUUCUUUCCAAUUUGUAUGUACCAACCUUUGCAUUUAAAAAAAAUUCGCAGGGCUAUAUAUAUUUGUUCAGGCAUUUGAAGGAAAAAGACUUUUAUGACUUUCUGUCUACGUCUAAGAUAUUUAAUCCUAACAGAAUGCUAUUGGAAUAACAGUUUUUAUUUCAGUUUCAAGUAACAUGGAAUGGAAGAAACACUUGAUAUAAUGCAUUUAUUUCUAUAACAACCUACUCUGACAAAGCUUCAUUAUACUUCAGGCUAUCAACUGGAGCAUCUGUUCACAUAUCCCUUAAACUGUAAAGUGGGCAAUGUAUCAGCACAAAGUGCAUGCUAAAACACCAGAGUGAUAUUAGGAUCAUCCCUUCUCAAGUGAAAAUGAAUACUUUUAGCCAAACUUUUGCAUAUGUCCUUUCCAAAAAACAAAACAAAAAAAGAGGGAGUGUAUACCCCACACAUUACCAGAAUAUAUUGGCUGCUACCUGCAAAAAAGUAGCAUGUAAGUGAAAACAUUAGAAGAGACUACACAGAAUAUGGUUUCCCCAUGGAAAUAUUUCUGCAGGACAAGCAGCCUAUAGGCAAAGUAGGUUGAAGCUAUUCCAGCACCAGGUAAAAACUUUCAAGCUGAAGGCAUCCGAAAAAUCCACUCAUUUUCACUUUUUUUGCACACAUGUUACAGCUACUUCAAGCAGAUCUCAAAAUCUGAAAGACUAUGGGCUUUGAUUGAAACGAGUGCUAUUUCCUUACUAACUGUGCUAAUUCAGCAAAAUGGUAAAGCUGAGCUGAAUCAUCAUGCAAAUCUGUGAGAAGCUUUAAAAUACUAGCUGCAAAAUGAAAACACAUUUUAUAUUUAUUUGUAAAGCCAAGAGACUAAAAAUUUGAACAUUACAUCUGCUGAACUUUACAAUAUACUACAGAGCAAGAAUAAUAUUAUUAAAAAUUUUAAAAUGAACCCUAAACCUAGUAGGAGGCACAGUCACAACCAUUUGAAAUAGAAUUGGCUAUCCCUUAUGUCACAUUAUUAUAAUGUACAGAAAAUACACAUUUCCUGAUAGAGCCAUCAGUUAUGUUUAUGUUCCAGUACAAGACACAUUCACAACAUGCUUCAUUAAAAAGUAGCUUGCAAGAGAAACAGGCACACAGCUUGCAUCAGAAUUCUAGCUGCAGAGGACCCUAAAAAUAUCUACAAUUGCACUUCCAGCUUCAUGUUUAGUUUUCAAUCUCCUAUAAACCAAAGCACCUGAAUGAUAACAUGAAGUUGGCCACUGUUCUGAAACCCAUUGACCACCUUUUCUCACAAGAGAGCAAAUGUGGUUGAAGCGGUACAACCACAUUCAAGUGUUGUCCCAAAACAGACUGCUACAUGCAACCAGCAAGGUCCAGACAAGUUCUGCAGCUUUCAAAGCAUGCAAAAAACUGAUAAACACUCUCAGCCUUCCAAAUGUCAGAGAGCAUCCAAACAUAACUCCAGAGACAAGAUAUCCUUGUUGAAGAUACUGCUCCAGAAAACAAUUCGGAGGAAUUGAACUGUCUUCUACCUGAAACUGAUCCACAGAAUUCCUUCUUCACCAACAGUGCAAAGAGAUAAGCCUUCCUUGACUUUUCUUCCUGGAAACUAUCUGCAUAGGCUUUACUUCAGUAGGGAAAUAUGCCUAGAAGAUUCAAGAUAAGCAUCUUCCAUUGCUGCAAAUUGUUGGUCCAAAAGUUGUGACUGACCAGAAGGCACUGUGGUUACAGGCCGGCAUUUCAAGGGUUGUGAUUGUGUACUGAGCUGCUGAGCAGGCUGGAAACAAUGAGGAUGCAUACAUCUGGUAACAGUUGACCCCAAACUCCUUUGUCUGCUAUUUCCUGUCUGCUAUAUGUCUCACUGAAUACCCAAAAUCAAGAAUCAAAACAGUUCAACAGAGAAGGAAGAGAGAAAUAGCACCCAAAAUUUUUUAAAGGUAAGAAAAAAACUAAAGUAAGAGCAGUUAAGGGGUCAGUUAACAAUUUUUCUGAUCAAAAUUAUGGCAAACUUUUUAUUUUGGUUCCAGGAAAAUGAAUUAAAAUGCGGUGAGAUUUCAUGUAGAUGAGUUGUUGUCUACAGGAGGACUCAUUACUUCAGUAAGCCUGAGGACAAGAAGCUUAAGGACAUCUAUGGAUUAUAUUUCCUGCAACACAGAGCGUGGGAUUGAGUGCAAAUUUGCUGAUGACACCAAGGUUGUGGUCUGGUUGAGAUGCUGGAGAGAAGGGAUGAAAUCCAGGUGGACCUUGACAGGCAGAAGUUGGCCCAUGUGAGCUUCAUGAAGCUGAACAAGGAAAAGUACAACGUGCUGCAUCUGGGUCAGAGCAAUUCCAAGCUCAAAUAUGGUCUGGGUAGAGAACGGAUUGAGAAAAGCCCAGAGAAGAUGGACUUGUGGGUGUUGGGUAAUGAGAGGCUCAAAAUGAGCUGGCAAUGUGUUUUCAGCCCAGAAAGCCAAUCAUGUCCUGGGCUGCAUCAAAAGUAGCAUGGCUAGCAGCGUGAGGGAGGUGUUCUUCUCCCUCUCCUCUUCUCUCCUGAGACCCCACCUGGGGGGCUGCAUACAGCUCUGGGUUCCCCAGCAUAAGAAGGAUGUGAACCUGCUGAAGCAAGAUCAGAAGAGGGCCACAAGAGAUGAUCAGAGUGCUGGAACUCUUAAUCUGUGAGGACAGCUUGAGGCAGUUGGGGUUGUUCAGCCUGGAGAAGAGCAGAUUCCAAGGAGACCUUAUAGCACCCUUCCACUACCUUGUAGGUCCCUUAAGGGGACCUACAAGAAUGCAGGAGGGACUUGUCACAAGGACAUAUAGCAACAAGACAAGAGGCAAUGUUUUUAAACUAGAAGAAGAUAGGUUUAGACAGAUAUUAGGAAGAAAUACUUUACUGUGAGAGUACUGGAAUAGAUUUCCCUGAAAAGCUGUACAUGUCCCAUUUCUGAAAGUGUUCAAGGCCAGGUUGGAGGGGGAUUGAGACACCUGGCCCAAUCCCCAUUGGGAUUGGAAACUCCCUGCCCAAGGCAGAGGUGUUGGAAGGAGAUGUUCUUCAAGGUCCCUUCCAAGCCAGGAGUUCUAUGAUUCUAUGAUCAAAGACAUAGCAUGUCCAAAUUCUAAUGGCUGCAAACGGCCUGAGAAACUAAAUGCGUCUUUGAAAUUCCACUUGUAUUGUGUGUAGGUGGCAACAUGAGGGCUACAGGGAUGGCUGCUUUGACAGGAGAUCAAAAUGAGUCUUGUCCCAGGCUCAGCUGGUUUCAGCCUUCUCCACAAUGGAAACACAACUAUCAGAGUAUAUUUAAAGAGAUGAGAGAAAGGAGAAAGUGUGAGAAACGAUCCUGCAAGCAACAAGGUCUGACAAGGAGAGUGAGAAUGUGCUCCAGGUGGUGUACCAGACAGUCCUUUGUAACUCUUGCUGCAACAAAUUAUUUCCCCACAGCCCAUGUACUUGACUACAUUAGAAUAAACGUCCAUCUUGCAGCCCUCGAAAGAUUUGUUUUUAAGAUUAAGAUAUAAAAGAAUGUAUAUUUUGUGAAUAUAUUUUCAGAUUCCCAAACCUACUAUUUAUUAGUCAUAAUGCCUCAAAAUGGUCAAAGUUGCUUUCUAAUACAAGAUUCAUGAUGGUUUUGAGUUAAAUUAUUUUACUUCCUGGAGUUCUGAAUACCACAGAUAUAUAGGACAAGUUUAGGAAUAUUUAUUUGCUAUCAAAUAUCAUAGUCUAAUGCAAAAAUGUAUAUAUUAGGAGAUUAGAGGAUUGGACUCAAAUCAAAAGGAAGAGAUAACCCUACUAUUAUGUCUUUUAUCAAGAAUUACCUUUAGAUUUUUCACACUCUUUUUUUCUUGUUAAAUAAAAAAUAACUUCUGUACAUAGAUGUACAAAUGUGAACAGGUAUAGAUGCAUAAGAUAAAUGCUUAAGUGCUUUCAUUAAAAGCAUACGCAUGGGUCUAGCCCUUGAGACAGCAUGCUGAGCAUCUGGAAUUCAGAUUACAGCAAACACUUUUGAUUAUUUGCAUGUACAAUGCUACAUUUGGCAGUACAUUUUAACUUCUUAUAGUUAAGUGAGGCUCAGGUGAGAGAUUAUUCUGAAUGCUAAGAUGCCAUUGAAGAAUGUUAGUUCUCUGACAAUAAAGAGAUUGACUCUUGA